GACCCGCCAAAAUCUAGGUCUCGCAUCUUCACGAUUUCCGCGACCGCGACUUGCGCCGAAGCAGAAGCCGACCCCCCUCACAGACCGGCACCAUGGCGCCAACAACAGGAAAACGGGUCAAGGGGGUGCAGAUAUACCGACCCUUCGUCUACGGCACGACGGCCAAGCUAUUUGAUGAAAAGACCAACCCCAAACCGCCGGGCGUCCCCGAGGACCACACCCACUCCUGGACCGUCUUCGUCAAGGGCAUCGACGACGUCGACAUCACCUACUGGCUGCGCCGCGUCCAAUUCAAACUCCACGAAUCCAUCCCCAACCACGUGCGAAUGAUCGAAGGCGAAAAGUCCAAACCCUUCACACUCCACGAAACCGGCUGGGGCGAGUUCGAGAUCGCCAUCAAGCUCUACUACGUCGCCGAGUCGGCCGAGAAGCCGCAGACGCUCUACCACCACCUGCGGCUGCACCCGUACGGGCGGACCGAGGAAGAAAAGGAAACGAUGCGGCUCAACGGCGGGCAGGUGAUCUCGUGGGCGUACGAGGAGCAGCUGUUCAACGAGCCGUACGAGCCCUUCUACGAGAUCCUCACGUCCGGCGCCAUGCCCGCGUCUGGGUCUGGGGGAGGGGGUGGUGGUGGUGGUGGUGGGAAUAAGGGUGGGUCGAAGGGCGGUGGUGGUGGGGGGGCGGGGAAGAGUAAGGAGAAGGAGCAGGCGGUCAAGAUGGUGAGGUCGGAAGGGGGGGUGUUGGAGAGGAGCGCGAUGAUCCCGCUGACGAAUCGCCCCGGUCAGCCGUUCAGUAGGGAGACGGAGCAGGUGGAGAUUAAGAAGUUGCAGGAGGCGCUGGUAAAGGUGGAGGAGCUGAUGACCAAGACGAAGGAGGAUGUUGCGGGGAAAGAGAAGCGGUUGAAGGAGCUCAAGGCUGAGGGCGGGAAGUAGUCGGACCCGGUGUUGGAUUUAUACAUGGAUCCUGUGAGAGGAUUGUGAUUUAGCAGCGGCGGGAGUGGGUAUCAAAACAUUGGGCGGCGCAUAUUUCGUUGGUUUUCUCAGCCUGACAGGUAGGGAGGCGUGCAGGCGUUUUGGGUUAGAUCUGGAGGGAAAGCUUGAAUUCGAAGAUGUAGAUACCUACCUACCUAUCCAUGGAACGGAGUGUAGUUUAGGAGAUCGGAGUUGGUGACAGGCACGCACAUCAAGAACGGCAAG